GCAGCCUCUUGACGACAACCGUCCGCUUUGUCUAUCAUCUUAUUUCUCCUGUGUAUUACUGUUGUGUCGGUUAAGUAUUCGUUCAGGCCUUGUGUGUACGUCAAUUGUGGCUUAGCGAAAUUUUGCUAGCUCUUUGUGCCUAAACGAAUUUGUCAAAAUGGCCUCGCGCAAGGCAAAGGGACGUGCCCCGACGAAGAAGAGGGCCCAGCGAGCGACUUCCAAUGUCUUUGCUAUGUUCGACCAGGCCCAGAUCUCGGAGUUCAAAGAAGCGUUUAAUAUGAUCGACCAAACGCGUGACGGUUUUGUUUGCAAGGAGGAUCUUCACGACAUGCUCGCCUCGCUCGGCAAGAACCCAGAUGACACUUAUCUGGAGUCGAUGAUGAACGAAGCUCCGGGACCGAUCAACUUUACCAUGUUCCUCACCCUCUUCGGAGAGAGGCUGCAAGGAACAGAUCCAGAAGAAGUUAUACGAAAUGCUUUUGCCUGCUUUGAUGAGGACAAUACGGGGCAGAUAAAUGAGGAAAAACUGCGUGAACUCUUGACGACGAUGGGCGAUAGGUUUACCGACGAAGAAGUUGAUGAAAUGUUUCGGGAGGCGCCAAUCGACAAGUUCGGUAAUUUCAAUUACAUCGAAUUCACCCGCAUCUUAAAGCACGGUGCCAAAGACAAGGACGAGCAGUAACUAACCGUGUUCAAAUCGCUCAUCAAGAGUUGGGUACACCACCAUGAGUGGGCUGUAAGAUCGCCAACAGCACAAACUUCAGCUCACUUGUCGUCCGGCGCCAAACUUCGUGGUUACUUGAUGUCGAAGCGGGGUCGCAAAUAGUCGCCUUCGACGUACUUAUUAAAACAGGUCGUCACAGCAUUUAAAACAGCGACAUAGCUUAAAUCAGUAAUAAAUAAAUAAAACUUAAAAUAGGGCUGCUUAUAAGUUCAGAAAGAAUAAUUAUAUUUACGAAGGCAUCAUUAAGUCAGAUUUUUGUCAAGUCUAAUCGUUUACCGACAAACGCACUCCAAAUGUAUUCUGAUCGUCUAUCCGAUUGCCGCAAACAGCGAAAUGAGUAAUAGAGACCAUCCUAUAAUAUGCAUUACGUAAAUAAUAAUCAUGACCAGUAGAAAACCAUAUUUCAAUGAAAAACUGUAGAAGAAUGUGUCACCAUGUUUUGUCAUCAUUUCAACCGGUGUGCUGUAAUCAUACCUUCGUUGAAGUGACUGGGUGCUUCCAUGCACUGAUAGUUAAAACAGCAUCGUCCCGUUAGUGGAAAAUUCAUCUUAUACUUCAGAGAACGAGACGAAGAAAGUUACGGAACGGUUGCGUUUACUACUACUAUUUUGCUAGCUAUGUAACAAUAGUCCAUAGAACAGGUUUUAUAAUUAACCUGGAUCUUUCACAUAAUAAACUGCUUCGGUGGAGAAUGAAUCAAUUAUACAGAAAAAUGAAUAUGUGUUCGCAUAUAAUAUACACGCUUUGGUGAAAAGUGUAUCUAUAGAAAAAUGAAUGUAUGUUUUCUAUUUAUAAUAAAUCAGAAGUUGAAAAACAAACGUUUAUGUUAA